CCAAUGAGGUGCUGCCAUUCUGUUUCCAUAGCAAUAAAAGAAACAAACCUUCACCUGCCAUCUCCCAAGGACAAAUCUCACAACUCAAGGCCCAAGUCAAGAGAGUCUGAAUGAAAGGUUGACUUUCUCCUCUAGUUUGACUUUCAUGGCAAUACUGAAAGAUUCAAACCGGACUGUCUUUAGAAAGAAAAUUUGUGCUGACGCCCGUUCAGCCUUUGUAAAAGCCUUUGACUGAAUUCACUGCAAGUCUGUCUGUCUGCCCUACACGUACUGCGGAUUUUCUGUUUCGGCAUUUCAGUCACUUGGAACAACCAAAGUCUCAAGUUCUGGAACUUCUGGAUUUCAUCUAAAAUGAAUGCUAAUUUUAUGUCGAUGAGAAACAGUUUCUCUAUAAAAUUGUGAUGUCUUUAAGACUCUUGACUUGGAAAAGGACCACAUGGGAGAAACAAAUCUUUGAGAAGUUCCAGGACCUCCUGAUCUAGCAGCUCCUGCCAUGUACCCCAACCCUCUCAUCUACUGUACCUGCUGGGACCCUUGGAACUUGGGACCACAGAAGCUAAUCAAGACCCCUCAGCCACCAAGCAAGACCUCCACAGGGAAGCCCAAGCUAACUCCUCUUCCUUCAGCUGCAAAAAAACAAAAUUGUGUCCAACCCACAGCAAAACCUGUUGUUGCCCCAAAAGGGAAACUCCAUUUAGGAAAACAAGAGGAGAGCAAUAAACCACCUUAUGAAGUGAUAAACGUGUCACCUGGUUAUCGCCUCAUUCGAAAUAGGGAGCAGAUUUCUGUCACCUUGGGAGAUGAAAUGUUUGAUAAGAAAAAGCGGUCGCAAUCAGAGAUCAUGGACAGAGUCCAGAUUUCCAGGACUGAUAUCAUUACUGACCUGCAAGAGCAGAUCUCAGAAUUGACAGUGAUCAUUGAGCAAAUGAACAGAGACCAUCAAUCUGCCCAGAAAUUGCUCUCCAAUGAAAUGGCUGUCCGCUGUGCUGAGAUGCAGCAGAACUUCGAAAACAAAAACAGAGAGCUCAAAGAGGCUCACGCAGCAGAGCUCAGUCGUUUGGAGAACAACUACAAAGCCGCACUGAAGGCAGAGAAGCUGGCUGCCCAAGAAAAACUAGAUGAAAUGGGAAAGGAGUAUAAGUAUUUGAAGAAUAUGUUUCAUAUGUAUCAGGACAGCAUUUAUGAUGAAAUGGAAGAUAAGUGGUUAAAGAAGAAGGCAGAAUGGGAGAAGGAUGAGAAGUUGGAGCGGGAAAAGAUCUUGCUACAGCAAAAACAUAAUAUGACAAAAAGGUUUGAAUUAGAGUCAGAAGAAGAAAAGAAGAAAAUAAAUGACUCCUACAGUACCGUCUUUGAGAACUUCAAUCGAGAGAAGGAGGAGCUACUGAAACAACAUGAAAAGGACACCUUGCAAUUAGAGGAGCUGAGAAAGACCAAACAGGUCAUGGAGGAAGAGUUGAAUGCACAAUCUGUUAUCUUAGAAUCACUUAACACAACCCUCUACCAAACCCAGAUGGAACUCCAGAGAGAGAAAGCUACAGUGGGAAAUCUGGAGAAAACACUCCAGACCAAGCUUGCCGAGACUGAAGAAAAGUUUAAAUACACCAUACAGCUUCUGACAGAAGAAAACAUUCAUCUAAGGCAAAAAAUAAUUGUGAAGAAUGAAGAAAUUUAUAAGGAACGAUCUGGGAGGUUUCUCUCUAUGUAUGAGAAUGAUUCUGAUAAUUUAGAAGAUGAUAGCAAUGAAAAACAAGAACUAUGA